AUGGGAAAUUCAUAAAAUGGGAAGGAAGAUAUGGAUUAUGAUUAAGUGCUAAAACACUUCAAUUUUAAUUAGGAUAUUAAUCAUUACCAAAUAGGAAAUGUUAAGAUUUUUGAAGCCAUUGAAAAUAAGAAUCAGAAAGUGUUUCAAUUUAAGCGAUUAUGCUAAUCAGACUAGUAAUUGCAACAAUUGAAACAUCAUUUCUAAUAACGAAAACUAUUAAUAAAUGACCACCUGGUCAGAGUGUUUUACGUAAUGGCGAAAGAAUCAGUUAUGUGUUCAGAUGCGAGUCAUGUUGUAGUAUUGGGAGAAUACUUCUCAAAUAGCUUAUUUUCAGAACACGAAUACAAUUUGAAUCAGAAGUUAAUUUUCAAUGAAUCUCGACUGUGGUUCAUAAUUUAUUAAAUAAUCUAAUGUUGCGCAUAUUUAGAGGGAUAAGGCAAAUACCAUGGAGAUUUGAGUAUUCAACAUGUUUAUUUAGAUCUUGAUGGGUCUGUUAAACUGAUUGAACAUGAUUUUAUACCAGGAGGAAUGAACCCAUUUUAGAAGGCAUUAUACAAUAAUGAGUUUCAUGCUUUUUCGCCUGAAUUGUUGGGUUUAUUGCAAUAAGGAGAUAAGGAGCACCAGUAUGGGAAGAUAGACAAUGCAACCCUAAAUAAGACAGAUGUGUUUUGCUUAGGAUUGAUGAUUCUGGAAUUAGCUUCGCAAUUUCCAACCUAGCAAUAUUAUGAUUGGGAAGCAAAGUCUAUGAAUUAUUAACAAAUAAUGAAUGCCAUUUAGUUUUUGCCCAAUAGAGGGUAUUCUACAGUAUUGCAGAAUCUGUUGUUGCAGAUGUGUUAGGAGGAUUUAGGAGCGAGGCCUGGAUUUCAAGAGAUGAGGACUGGGCUGGCAUCUUUGGAGAAUGACAUAUUAUCGCAUACAGCAUUUUAUAGAAGUCACAUUAAAUGA